AUGCUAAUUUCUGCACGUUUUUCAGAGAUACAAGCAGCCACUCCUGCUCUCCUUCCCCAGAAUGACACUGAAGAUGACGAUGAUGAUGAACCUCUGAACGAGGAUGAUGACGACGAAUUAGAUGAUGUGGACCAAGGGGAGGAUUUGAACACUACACACCUGAUUUUAGCUCAAUUUGACAAGAUAACGACCAGAAUAGAGUUUAACCUGGAGGUGACACAUACGAAAAGCAGGUGGAAAUGCACUUUGAAGGACGACAUCAUGCACAUAAACAAUAAAGACAUUCUGUUCAAUAAGGCAACAGGAGAGUUCGAUUUCUGA